AUGAAACUUACAGAAUAUUUGUCCUAUCUCGUUCUCCUCACAGGCCCAGGCGCCCUGGCCCUCGUUGCAUCUAGAACACCAGGCUCUCUAUCCAAACGUCUCCAAUAUAGCCUCGACGGGAAGGCCUCCACCGCGGACGACUCCAAAGUUAGUGCUUCGGCAGAGGCCCUCUGCUCCCAAUACAUCAAUAAUCGAUUGGGUCUAUUCGCAGAUACUUGCAACAUUGUGGGAUCUGAGGGGCGAGCCUCAAUCGCUCGGUGUUCGUCCGAGGAUACCAAGGCUCCGUUUGAGUGUGAGGAUUUUGAAAAGAUUGUGGACAUUGGAGAGUAUCAAACGCAGGGGAGGUUCUUGAAAAAGAAAAUGUGCAUCAUCUUUUUCAGAGGGGGGAUGAUGUAUAUUCUUUGUAGCCCUUCUAUAUCUGGAGGCCUACAAUAG